AUGCAUGUCGACUACUCGAGUACCGAUGUGAUACAGCAAAGCCAAAAUGUGGCUUUUGCGCAGAUUGGAAAAGGGCUUGUUCAUAUUCCUCUGCAUAUUCUCUUUUCCGUCGAGCACAGAGGGGAGCUUCCGGAACCUCCCAGGAGACUGCAGCCUGUGUUGGAUGCAAUCGAUGCUCAACAUAGCAAGACCUUAUCUCGGAUUAAAGAGCUGAUUACCAUGAACGAAAAUAUCAAUGCUGACCUUGAAGCAACGGGGUUCUCUACGCAGAUUUCAUACCUGACUGGCCUAGUGACUGAGAUCCACGAAGCCUGUAUACAGCAAGCUUGCUUUAAAGUAGGCGUGAAAGAAAUGCAUUGGAAGGGAUCUAUUUCAAUUGAGCACGAGGCCGCAGCGCAUAAGCUCUUGAAGUUGCCUGCAGUUCAAGAGCUACUUGGUUCUCAGUACGAUGAAGAUUACGCAAUGACACUGGAAGAAGAGAGAGGCCCAAUUUGUCUUUUCAGAAAAGGCGAGAACUGUUUUUCGGGAAACGCGUCAUUGGGUAGCCAUGAAACCGGCUCUGGCUACUUGAAUCUCGAUGAAGGGACGGCUCGGAGAUAUUUCGAAAUCUAUCUUGACCGAAUACAUGAACUGCAUCCCUUCCUUGAUAAGCAGGAAGUCUCAAUCCAGCUUGAUGAUUUCAUUAAGUCUUACUGUACGCGGUCUCUGGUGGAGCACUUGAAUGUCCCCCAGCAAAAGCAGCUAUUGCAAGUCGGUACAACCGUCGAGAACGCUCGCAUACUCAUGUUACUUGCCCUUGGGGCAAUAUGUGAAACAGGUCCAACUCUCUCAGACGUGGAUACAGAAGAAGAACUUGAUUACCGGCAGCAAUACAUCCCCAAAAUCUGCAAGUUGCCAUCCCCCAGCCAUCCUACUCACUCAAAUUCCAACAAAUAUAAAGCUUUCCCUGGUUUGAAGUUAUACGGACAUGCCACAACAAUCUUGGGCUAUUUUCAAGGGGGGGCCGAGUUAUGUCAUGUUCAAACGUGCUUGCUUGCAGCGCUCUAUAGUGGUCAAUUGGCCCAUCCAUUCCAAAGUCACAGUUGGAUUCAUCAGGCAGCUCGGGAGUGCCAAAUCCUUGUGCGCCAGUCACGAUACCAAAGGAUGGAAGAGGGUCGCAAAAAGGACAUGUAUAGCUUUGCCUAUUGGACAGCUCUGCAGCUUGAGUGUGAUAUUCUAGCAGAGCUCGAUAUCCCAGCAAGUGGGCUCCUACAGAUUGAUAGCAGAAUACCAACACCAAAGGGAAUUUUCACCCUUGCAUCCCCUGCCGAUGAUCGAAUGAUGAGAAUCCACUCUACGCAAAUCUAUCUUUGCAAAUUGCUCAACAAUAUCUUUGCUGAACUGUACAAGGUUGGAGGUCAGUAA